AUGUUCUCACCCUCUCUGGCGCGUGUGGCGCGCUCCACUUGCGCCCUGCCCUCCUCAUCCGCCAUCAGCUCCCGCCCGCUGGGGGCUCUUCAAAGCGCAAAUCAUCUCCUCGCGCGCCGCACCCAGCCGCGCCGCAACUCCAGCACCUCAUGCCCGCCCGAUAACUCGCGAGGUCCCGGCACCUCUCAGGCCAGCUCCUCGAGCUCCUCGAAGCAGGCUGAGAAGAAGACUACGCCGCGCGGCAGGAGCAAAAAGCUUGCUCAGCAGCAGAUGAACGUGCCCUCUGUCCCGCCGACGAGUUAUCUACAAGAGACAGAUGUCGCCCUUUCCUCGUUCUUUUCCGUCCAUCGCCCUAUCUCCAUCACCACCACGAUACCCGUCGCCUCGUCAGAAUCCUCUUUCGGCGCCAUUUUCGAGCCCCGUAAGCAGAGCAAUGCGUCAAAAUAUGGGGACGUCAUUUACACCUUGGGGAACGCAGUGAAAAGCCUGGAGGGUGGCGCCCAGUCGUCGGAGGAGACGGAACUGAGGGAGGAGAUUAUGCGGCAAUCAGCUGCGAACGACGGCGCGGUUCACCUUGACGGCCCGGCCCCGGCGCGCCAGGUCUCGCUGAACGACCUUCUUUCUCAGAUGCGCCCCUUCAACGCACCGCCACCGCCAGUUCCGUUCGACCAGGCCCAGGAGAACGCCGCGUCGGAAACCGCGGCCGCGGAGGCCGGAGAGGCCGAUGCUCAGCAGACGCAGCUACAGAAGCCGCAGAAGAAGGUCUGGAAGGCCACCCUGACCGUUACCGAGACGACCGAUGCCACGGGCCGGAAAACCUUCUCCGCCACCACGUCGCCGGUCAUCAGGAUGCCCACGCGUUCCGAGGGCGCCAUGGAGGAUCCGGCAUACGACGAGGGCAUCACCAUCCGCCAGCCUUUCCUCGAGCGCAUGGAGAUCCGCGAACAGGAAUGGCUCAAGUUCAUCAGGGACCGCGCACGGAAUGAGAACGGCACCAUGCACGCCAUUAGUGUCAAGCGCCAGCGCAAGCUCAAGAUGAAGAAGCACAAGUACAAGAAGCUUAUGAAGAGGACCAGAAACUUGCGUAGGAAGCUGGGCCAGACAUAA